AUGAUGAGGCAGCUCCUCCACCAAAUAAACUUGGUUCAAAACCUUGACCUUGGACAACCGGGCGAAGAGAGGAGGAUGGAUGAACGCACCGAUCAGCAGCUCGAUGGGUACCAAACAGGUCGAGCAGGAAUGGGCAGACAAGGAGAGGGAAAACAACGUGAUCAGCUUGCCAGCAUGUCACAAGCAUCUGCAAGCCACACACAAAGCAAUGUACGAGAAAGACUCGGCCCACAACUUGCCAUCCACGCGCACCUAGGCCCACAGAGAAAUAUUCACGAAAAGCUAGGCCCCCAGGGAGGUCAACCUGGCAACUCGCACAAUGAGGACCAUGAAGAAAGGCACUCCACUGACCGCUCUCGAAGAACCAAUUCUCAUCGCCAAGUUACAGAAAAUCCAUCGCAAGCACAGUCCACCAACACGCCGCAUAGGCAGAGCAGCCAAGAAGGUCAACCUUUGCAAACCAACGAGGAAGUUACUUGGUCUCGCCCAAAUUGUAAAGGUCGUCAACGUGACCGACUAGCCAUGUGUGCAGAAGACAUUAAGAAGCUUGUGAAUAACCGACUUCGAGACUUAAAGAUUGGUGGAAAUUUCGAAGAUGCACUACGUGUUGAGGUAAACCGAGCAAACUCGUCACCUUUCACCGUCAAAAUUGAGCAGGCUGUUCCCCCGAAACGAUUCUCAACGCCCUCUUUUACAUGUUUCAAAGGCGAUUCCGGUCCCGAAAGCCAUCUGAAGCAUUUCAAGAGCCUUAUGAUCCUCUACAAAGCCGAAGACGAGCUAAUGUGCAAGGUGUUUGCAAUGACUUUGCAAGGAGCAGCUCAGGACUGGUUCCACACCCUGCCAUCCGGGUUGAUCAGCAGCUUCAAGGAGCUUGCUUAUGUCUUCAUUAAAGAAUACACUUCUUAUCGGACGAUCAAUAAGAACCCGGACCAUCUGUUCAACCUGCACAAGAAGUCUGAUGAAUCCCUCCGAAACUACAUCAAGAGGUUCAAAGCGGAGAGGGCAAACAUUGUAGGAUGUGAUGACCAAAUUGCGUCAUCUGCCUUCAAAAGGGGGUUGCCAACUGAAUGUGAGCUGUAUCGCGAGCUGACCAUCUCUCCUUGCCAAACACUGGUAGAAGUCUUCACAAUAGCAGAGCGCUACGCACUAUGGGAAGAUGACCGGAUCGCCAUGAAUAAGGCUGAUCAAGUAGCUGAGCAGGCAAGCCAAGAGAACGGCAAGCGCAGAUCACAGCCUCAAGAAGGUGCUUUAGCAGCGGAGAGCUACACCAAGUUCACUAUCCCGAUACACCAGAUCUUGGCCCAAGUAAAAGACAUGCCUUGGUUGAAGAAACCAUUGCCUUUAAAGGGAAACCUAACCAAGAAGGAUACCAAUAGAUACUACACAUUCCAUGAAGGGCAUGGUCAUUACACAAACGACUGCUUCGCCUGGAAAAGGCACCUUGAAGAUCUAGUCAGAGACGACCAUUGCACGGAAUUCAUCGCAAGGAGGGCUAUCCAGCAAAUCAAGGAUUGUGACGCAGCUAACGAUGAACCUCCACGAAAAAGGUCAUAUGGAUCAACACGAUCCUAG